GUGGCCCUUGGCCUUGUCUGGACCUUUUCUCUCUGUUUUGUUAUGUUCCAUUUAGACUUCAAAUAAUAAGUUUCCUCCCAAUCAGGCAGCGAACUUUUGCUCAGGCAGCGCACUUUUGCUCAGCCUCCAGGCUCGUAAAUGCUGCAGAGGCGAGAUGGAAAUUAAAAUCGUAUGUCAGCGUUGCAGGCAAAAGUUUGCAGCGACAACCAAUGCUGAGACAGUUGUUUGCCCACAUUGCCGUAAGGUCAAUCCAAAUCGAACGUUACAGAAACGAUCAUCUACCGGAGAACAUGGCAGGGUAAGUGCCCUGUUGGUAGGUAACUGUAUAAGGGAAACGCUGAAGAAAAUACUGCGGGGCAGCACCCCAAAACCUGCUGCUGCUUUAGGGUCAUCGUCCUCAACCAUUUCCUCUAAGCUUUGUGCUUUGGACUACACUGGCCCACGGGCAAAUAAACGUGCACUUCUUUGCGGUGUGAGUUAUAAGAAGUGGAAGUAUAAGCUCAAGGGGACCAUAAACGAUGUGUCAAAUAUGAAAGAUUUGUUGACUCAAUACUAUGAAUACCGGGAGGAAAACAUUCUAGUGCUCACAGAGGAACAGACAGACCCCCGACUUAUACCAACAAAGGCAAACAUCGAGCAUUGCUUGAAAUGGCUGGUGGAUGACUGCCGGUCAGGAGAUUCGCUGGUGUUCUACUACUCGGGACAUGGCUUACGCCAACCCGAUUUCGAUAAUGAUGAGCGUGAUGGGUUCGACGAAACCAUCUGCCCGGUGGAUUUUCUGAGAGAAGGCAUGAUCCUCGAUAAUGACAUCUAUGCCAUCAUUGUUAAGCCGUUGACAGAGGGUGUCACGCUUCAUGCCAUUGUUGAUGCUUGCCAUAGUGGAACUAUUCUUGAUCUAGAGCACGUCUAUAAUAAAGAAAAGGAAAAGUGGGAAGAUAACAGUCCUCCAUCAGGUGUGAGAAAACAGACAAGUGGUGGAAAAGCAUAUUGUAUCAGCGCUUGCGAAGAUGACCAGGUUGCCGCUGACACAUCUGCUUUUAGUUCCAAGUCAAUGAAUGGUGCAAUGACAUUCAUUUUAGUACGAGUUGUCAGAGAAAAAUCAAGGAUAACAUACGGUGAAUUACUUAACGAGAUGCAUGAGCGAAUUAAGGAAGCUAACAAACAAGGAUGCCUGGGUGAUUCAAGAAUAUUGAGUAGAAUAUUUGGCCCCAAUCUCACACAGAAGCCUCUACUUUCAGCUUCUGAAGAGUUUGACAUUUACCAGAGGCCAUUUAAACUAUAACUGUACGUAGUGGAUCCUAUUAAAGCAACGGGAAGUGUAACGGAUUUUUCCUGGAGCGGUUUGAGAGCAGAAGCUUUCUAUUCAUUGCUGAUCUUCAAGAAGUACUCUGAUCAUCAACUCAUGGUUGAAGGAAACCUUUGCUCAAAGUACACUCCUAUCGGUUCCCUUGGCACGAAAACUGAAAUAAAAUAUCUGAUGACGAGUGUUUUUAUUGUUCAAAGAAUAGUUACCAGGAAAUAAACAGUUUAGAAGAUACCUAUUCAUCAUCAAUAAAAGAGAUGAAAUACGAGAGGAAAAUGAAAAGAAAUACUGAAGAGGACCGCUGCUAUACCAAAUGGUUUUCAUUUGUCUUUGUUUGGCUGGUGCCAAGAUCUUGCCUUGUACAGUUUAGAUGUAAGAAAAAAUUCAAAAGGGCUAAUUAUGUUUUGUGUCUAACGCUUGACAAUUUGUAACAUUUGAGUAAAAUUGUCUA